AUGGUAGAUGGCUCUCCAUCUCCAGAUCCAGAGCUGCAACAUGGCACCGUCACUAGCGGCACGAGGCGAGACUUGGGUCGUAGACAUAUCAACAUGAUUGCGAUCGCAGGGUUAAUCGGUACAGGCCUAUUCCUAGCAUCUGGUCAAGCCAUCGCUCUCGCUGGACCUUUAGGUGCAUUGUUUGGCUACAUGUUGAUAGGACUCGUCACAUAUGCCAUCUCCUUGAUGACAGGAGAGUUGGCCGCAUUCCUACCUGUCACUGGGGGCUUUGUAAGGCAUGCCAUAAAGUUCGUUCAGCCAGCACUGGGUAUUGCUACGGGUUGGAAUUUCUGGUAUACACUCGUCAUCGUGGCGCCAGCUGAGUUUGUCGCAGCUGGGACUCUGGUGGGAUAUUGGGACCAAACCACGAAUCCUGCGGUCUACUUGACGGUCUUCAUGGUCGUAGCGGCGGCGAUAAACUUCUGUGGAGUGCGUGUAUACGGCGAGAGCGAAGUCAUCUUCGCAAGCCUCAAGAUCAUGCUCAUCAUCGGCCUCAUCCUCGCCGGCCUGAUCGUCGACCUAGGCGGCUCCCCAAAUGGCGACAGAAUCGGCUUCCGAUACUGGCGCUCGCCAGGCCCCUUCAACACUUACAUUCUCACCGGCAACACAGGACGCUUCCUCGCAUUCUGGAGCACGCUGAUCCCAGCUACAUACUCCUUCGCAAACAUCCAACUCAUCGCCACCGCCGGCGCCGAAACGCAGGACCCGCGCAUCAUCAUCCCCAACGCCGUGAAGAUGACGUUCUGGCGCAUCCUGGUCUUCUACAUCCUCAGUCUCUUCAUCGUCGGCUUGCUAGUCCCUUACAACGAUCCCAACCUGGGCAUUUCCACCGGGACCGCGCAACAGAGCCCCUUUGUCAUCGCUUUCCAGCGAGCUGGGAUCAGGGUCCUGCCCUCGAUUAUCAAUGCUGUUGUCUGUACAUCGGCGUUCAGUGCGGGAUCAGCAUGUAUCUUCCUCGCUUCGCGGACUCUGUAUGGCUUUGCCGAGGACGGAUACGCCCCGGCUGUGUUUCUCCGCACGAACCGUUUCGGCACUCCCUAUGUUGCCGUAGCGGCCUCGCUGGUCUUUUGUCCGCUUGUCUAUCUCAGUCUUGGGAGUAAUUCGUCUGUGGUCUUUGGCUGGUUCGUCAACAUCACCACCAUCUCGAGCCUGAUCAGCUGGGUCGUGGUUUCGGUGACUUUCCUACGAUUCUACUAUGCGAUGCGGGCGCAGGGCAUAUCUCGCGCACGGCUGUUUUAUAGGAGUCCGUUUCAGCCGUUUAUGGCGUGGGCUACGCUUGGGACGCUGGUUGUAGUCGUUUUGACGUCUGGGUAUAGUGUCUUCUUUCCUGGAAGGUGGAGCACGUCGGUCUUUCUGACGACUUAUAUUAACCUUCCAAUCUUUAUAUGUGAGUUGCUUGCUCUUGUAUUGUGUGACUGCGAAAGCUAA